UACAGCGAGGAAGCACCGAAGUGAAGCUUUGACCAAAAGCCUGCGACAAUCCAGACACUCUAAGCUUUCUUUGGGAAGAACCUACAAUGGCGGACGAAGACUAUAAUGACAUGGACAUGGGAUAUGAGGAUGAGCCACCAGAGCCUGAGAUUGAAGAAGGACCAGAGGAGGAUUUGGAAAACCCUAACAAUGAUGAUGUUCCUUUGGAACCUAUUGAAACCGAUGACAUCGGAGGCCAAGAAGCUAAAGACAAAACUACUCGCAAAACAUCAAAGUACAUGACUAAAUACGAGCGUGCUAGAAUCUUGGGUACCCGAGCCCUGCAAAUCAGUAUGAAUGCUCCUGUUAUGGUCGAGUUGGAGGGCGAGACUGACCCGCUAGAGAUUGCCAUGAAGGAGCUUCGAGAGCGGAAAAUACCCUUCACCAUACGCCGCUACUUGCCCGAUGGAAGUUAUGAAGACUGGGGAGUUGAUGAGUUGAUUGUCGAAGACUCAUGGAAGAGACAAGUUGGAGGCGAUUGAUUACUUGUCGAUCGAGUGUGUGAUUGUGGUCUGUAAGAGUUAUAACGCUGAGAUUUGGUCUAGUAAUGUAAAGAGACUUAUCUAGAAUGACGCCUUUCAAACCUAUGUUAGUUGACUCGUUUGAAGCCCUGUUCUCCUUUUGGUUUCGAACGGCAAGAAUGUAGCCUUCAAAAGGCACUUGGCCA